AGCUAAAGAGUUAAUCAUUACGACUUGCUUCUGCUUUGUGUGUCAGAUUUGUUUCUUUGCGCCGCAGUGGUCACAUGACCAUGACUCUAGCUCAUGACUUCCUGUAUUGGAUUUUGCUCUCCUGCAGCGAAAGUAGCGGUUACAUCCUGCUGACCGAAAGACGAAAAUACUCGAAAAUUUAACCUAACUGUCCGUGUGUGGCUUUACAUUUAAAUUGCAGCAAGAAUGAAAGGCUAGCUAGCCUGCAUGGCCUGUUUCUUACGUUGGGAGAAGCGAACUGUAUUGCUGUACAUCACUGACGUUUACAUUAGCAGCAGCAAGUGGCGGUGAUUUCCCAGCGUUUUUUGCGAUUAUGUCAAAAUACACCAGCUUUCCGGAGCCAAUGGACGACCACAACCCUUUCCAGGACCCAGCAGUGACCCAACACAGCAGCAAUAGUGGUUAUGCCACACUGGACCUGUACAACCCAUUUGAGGGCACGGCUGAGCCCCCACCUCCAUAUGAAGCCACUUCUCCCUCUGCUCCACCUGUCUCAGCAAAGACCCCACCCAGCCGGACAACACCAACAGAGCCCCGUAACUAUGGCUCCUAUAACACUCAUAAUUCUCAGAGUGCAGUUAAUGCUACCACAACAGAGCUGAUGAAAAAGCAAGAGGAGCUCGAGAGGAAAGCUCGAGAGCUGGAGCAGAGAGAGCGGGAGCUGCAGUCUCACAGCUUGGGGCCAGGAGCUUCGCGACAAAAUAACUGGCCUCCCCUCCCAUCAUUCUGUCCUGUUGGCCCCUGCUUCUACCAGGACAUAAAUGUGGAGAUUAGCCAGCGCUUCCAGCGCACGGUCACCCUCAUGUACUACUUUUGGUUGUUCGGCACUGGAACUCUGCUCUUCAAUCUUAUCUCUUCACUGGCAAUGUUCUGCAUCGACACGACAGUUGGUGUCGGACUGGGUCUCGCCAUCCUAUGGGCUCUUCUCUUUACGCCAUGUUCCUUCGUCUGCUGGUAUCGGCCUGCUUACAAAGCCUUCAGGAGUGACAGCUCCUUCAACUUCUUCAUCUUCUUCUUUGUUUUCUUCGCCCAAGUGGUUGUUUAUGUCAUUAUGACUAUUGGCAUCCCUGGAUGGGGUUUCAGUGGAUGGAUCGUGAGCUUGACCGCUCUCAAACGAAACGUCGCUGUCGGUGUGAUCACGAUGUUAAACGCCAUACUCUUUACUGCCCAGACCACCAUUGGGGUGUUCAUGCUGAAGAAGGUCCACGGUCUCUACAGACAAACCGAUGCCAGUUUUCAAAAGGCCCAGGCGGAGUUCGCCACCGGAGUCAUGUCUAAUCAGGCCGUCCGCCAAGCUGCUGCCAACGCUGCUGCCAACGUCGCUGCCAACACUGCUCAAGGGGCUUUCAACACACCCGCCUGAUUAAGAGGGACACAGUAGUAAGUUUGAGAUUUCGAAAGAGUCUGAUAAAAGGUUCAUUUUCCCCAUCGGUGAUUACGUUUCAAUAGGCGGGUAACCUGAGUCUCUGUAAAUUGCCCUGAGAAAACUAAACAACAAGUGCAUGAGACCGUGGAUAUGUCAUGUGUGUAUCAAUAGUUUUUUCACGUGAUUAAUAAAAACUCCACAAUAUAAGGGUUGAUUCAUACAGACAUGAAUAAGAUGUAUGAAGGUUUGUGUGAAUACAGGGAAGCUUUUAAAAAGUGCCAAAUUUAAUAUACUCUUCCAUUUUUAAUGACACGGGUGUGAACAUUGUUGAUGAGCUCAUGCUUAAAUCUCUGUAUUUAAACACAAUUUCCACCCCACCGUUACCAAAUACAAUUUUUUUUUCCUUGUAUAAAAAUAACUCCAAAAGAGAAUGCCUAUUUAUGUUGUUGCCAAACUCACACACACUGUAAGUAUUGAAUUUGUUGUUUCUUUUGUGUAUCGCUUUUCUGUUGCUGCAUCCUAAAGUUAUCUUUGUUUUAAUACAAAUAUAUUGACAUUGCGAAAAUAUCUGGGUCUACUGUAGUCAUUGAAUUGUAAUAGACUACUGAUUUAUUCACACAAAAUGUGCAUUUUGGAUGGAGUUUAGCCCGUUGAAUACCGUAAUACAUUGCUCAAACAUAGACUUCAAAACUAUUGACCUGACACUUCAUAGGGGGCCGAGUUUCAUUUAGUAAUAGUCAGCCGAAGACUGCACACGCUGUUUCCAAGCUGGAUUUAAGCUUGGAUUUUUUUAAGUACAAAAGCUAUACCGCAUACAAACAAGGAAGGACUGUCUCAGGAGUUAAUUUGUUCAAGGAGUCAAGGUAAAUAUUUUAUUUUUCGUACCAUGAAUGCAUUUUGAAAAAAAAAAAAUCAAUUGGAGAAUGGGAACCGCGACGGCAUUGGCGUCAUUCUUCGACAUAAAUACUCAAAAUAGAUGCGUAACUACCUGUUUUUUUGGUCGUUUAACAAAGAAUCGAGACAGUUUUACGUCCAUAUCUAUAAACAAUUCAGUGAUUUAAGCAUUUAUUUUAUUCACAAGAAUUUUGAACGGAAAAAGCCAUUGUGGCAGCCCCCAUAUCAUAACAAAGAGCUAACAGACUAGCAUCAUCCUUCGACAGAACAAAGUAAAUUCAAACUGCUUGUGUUUUUUGCUUUUAACCAAGAAUCAAGACUGUUUUACUUCCAUAUCCAUACAAUAUUCAGGAAUUUAAGCAUUUAUUCACAAGAAUUUCAACGUAAAAAGCUCUUUGCUGUGGACUUGUGGUAAGGCGGCGCCGCA